GUGUAGACUAGUGCUGUACCGUUCAUGCACAAAUGUGCAUCGGAAAAGUGCAUAGAGUCACGAAAUUUUAACGUCGCCAUUUUUGCAGACUACAAGAUCUCACAGAGUUUACUCAGAAUUUUCUAACGACAACAAUUAACUAAGAAGCAAGCAAAAUGACUGGUCGUGGAAAGGGCGGAAAAGGCUUGGGUAAAGGGGGCGCUAAGCGCCAUCGUAAGGUGCUUCGUGAUAACAUCCAAGGCAUCACCAAGCCAGCCAUUCGUCGUUUGGCACGUCGAGGAGGCGUAAAACGUAUCUCUGGAUUGAUAUACGAAGAAACGCGUGGUGUUUUGAAGGUGUUUUUGGAAAACGUUAUUCGUGAUGCUGUCACCUACACCGAACAUGCCAAGCGUAAGACUGUCACCGCUAUGGAUGUUGUAUAUGCAUUGAAACGUCAAGGACGCACCCUCUACGGUUUUGGCGGCUAAACUUUUUAAUGCAGUUUAACCUGUAUAACAAGAUCCGAAAGGAUCGCUAAGCAGAGAAUAUUAACAUUACUACUUUUAAUGAAAAUGCUAUGACGUGAAAUACAAUACAAUCCAUUUAUUCCAAUGCAGUAUUUCAAUCGA